GGUCACAGCGGCCGGAUUCGCCUUCCCCAUGGCGGAGCUUGGCGGCCCGGACGGCGGCCGGGACCCCGCGGUCUCCGAGCUGCAGCGGCUGGUGGCCGCUGAGCAGCAGCGGGCGCAGUUCACCGCCCAGGUUCAUAACUUCAUGGACGUUUGCUGGGACAAAUGUGUGGACAAACCUGGCUCAAAGUUGGACUCCAGAACAGAAGGCUGUCUAGCCAGCUGUGUGGACAGAUUCAUUGAUACCACGUUAUCCAUCACUAAUCGCUUUGCUCAGAUUGUACAGAAAGGAGGACACUGAUUACUGCAUUUCCCAACUCUGGACAACCCAAUCUUUCCUAUUCAGGUCAAUGGUGUCGGUGGAGCAUCAUCACAUGUUCUAAGCUACAUUUUAUCUGAUACUUUCACGAAAUGCAGAAGUGGUUGAACAAUCAUUUGCGGAAAGCACAAUUGUCCCUGUGAAUUCUUUAGCUGCAUUGAACUGUUCAUAAAUGUGUCAUCGUACUGCAAUUUAAUAAACCAUCAGGAACACUUGUCCAAACAAGUCUUGUGAUGUGAAAGUAUAUAUCACUGCUUUUCCAUGUCUUUUAUCUAAUUAGAGGAAAGUAGAGAAGAGAUGUGCUUGCUACUGACACAGGGGAUGGGCACAGUAUCGGAGCAUCAAAAUUAAAUUUAAAAAAUGUAAUAUGAAUAUAAAUGUUUUCAAUGAACUAAUAAAUGAAUGAAAACACUUGUUCUGCUGGAGUGUUUGAAGCCUAAACCUAGAAGCUGUGCUGUACAGUAGGAUAAUGCAUGAAAACCAAAAAGUGAAACUGGUUAAAAGGCUUGUUGCUAGGGCCUAGUCUAUUGCACAGUUCUGUGGCUGUGAACUUUGCUGCACACUCCAAGCUUUUUUUUUCUUUUAAAUUGGUUAUAGCCCCACUGGUUAUAAAGAAAAUCUUCAAAAUGUCAAUGUAAAUUGCUACAGUAUCUGAGAUUUUGUCUGUAUUAGAAAAGUUGUACUGGUUUAACUAAAUCUAGUCAAACAGGUGGAAGACCCUAUUAUAGAAGCCUUUUCAUUGGGUUAACCCUCAC